AUGACCAGCACUCAAAAGACCAGCUUCAUGCGCGCUGUUCAAUGGGAAGGCGAACUUCGCCACAUGUCCGUCAAUAUCAUCCCACGGCCCAAGCUCAUCGACCCCGAAGAUGCAGUGGUACGCAUAACGACAUCUGCUAUUUGCGGUUCCGAUCUUCAUAUCUACCAUGGUCUUUUCGGAACCGAUGAGAAGUUUGGCGUUGGCCACGAAGCAGUUGGUAUCGUCGAGGAAGUCGGCCCUGCUGUUGACUUUCUCAAGCCUGGUGAUCGUGUACUCAUCACAGGCUUUUCCGAAGAUGGAAAUCUGCUUCCCAAGGCGGCACUGGUUCCGACAGAUCUUGACAUGGUCGGGGUUGGUUUUGGUAGCUCUUUUCACAGUGAAGGAGGUCUUCAAGCUGAAUACGUCAGGAUGCCCUGGGCGGACUCAUCUCUUGCCAAGAUCCCACAUGGUCUUGAUGACAAGGAAUGGCUUCCACUGACAGACAUCUUCCCGACAGGCUGGACCGCUCUCAGCCGUUCUGGCUUCCAGCCUGGCGAUACAGUGGCUGUCUUUGGUGCCGGUGGCGUUGGCUUGAUGUGUGCUUACAGCGCAAUUAUUCGUGGAGCAUCUCUAGUCUACGUGAUAGACCAUAUCCCUGCUCGUCUGGCACUGGCUGCAUCUAUCGGAGCUCAACCCAUCAACUUUACCCGUGGCGGCAAAGCCUCUGAGCAGAUCCUCGCGCUGCGUCCUGCAGGUGUCAACCGUGCUAUCGACUGCGUAGGCCAAUUCUGCCUCAACGAGAAUCUCAAGCCGCAGCCUGAUUUUAUCCUCAGAGAGGCUGUCAAGAUAGCCACGAACGGAGGUGGCAUUGGCAUCGCUGGUGUGUACCAGGCCGGUGGCCCCGAGGGGUACAAACCUGAGAUCAACUUUGCGAUACCCGAACUUUGGUUCAAAAGUUUGCAGGUUGGAAGUGGACUGGUCGACAUCAAGGGAAAUAUUCGUGCUCUGGUGGACUUGGUCAAGAAUGGAAUAGCGAGACCUGGGUUCGUCUUUUCCAACGAGUAUAGUCUUGAAGAAGCACCUCUAGCCUACCGUAGAUUCGAGCAGCAUCAGGAGACCAAGGUCAUGCUGAAGGGUUCACGCAAGCAAGAAGAUGACGGGUCAUUGGAUAUACUUACUGACACAGACGGAUUGAACGAUACCAAUGGGGCUUAG